AUGGGCUAUAAAGAGAAACUCGAGGGUCAGAAGAUCAUCGUCGUGGCAGGGAGUACAGGAAUCGGCUAUGGUGCGGCCGCGGCGCUCCUCGACGUAGGCGCCAAAGUCACCAUCAUCUCGUCGAACCAGGAAAAGCUCGACGCCGCGCUCAAGCAAUUGAGCUCGAACUCCCCGGACGUCAAGGGCGUGGUCAGCGAUGUCCGAGACGAGGCAGCUUACACCAAGACGCUUCAGUCGCUGGCACCGGUCGACCACGUCGUGUUCUCGGCGGUGGACAACAUCAUCCGAGGCAAGUUGGAGGAUCAGAGUCUCGAUGACGCGAAGCACUUGUUCGGUGUCAAGUUCUGGGGCGCCGUCACCACAGUCCUCAUGAAAUACGACAUCGUGCGCCAGGGAGGCUCCCUGACCUUGACGUCGGGCACCGCCGGGAUAAAACCCGGCAAGAAUGCAGCGAUCGGAGGUGCCCUCAAUGGAGGGGUGCUCUCUCUGACGAGAGGGCUGGCGGCAGACCUGUCGGAGAAGAAGAUCCGCGUGAACACGGUGGUGCCGGGUCUGGUCAAGACGCCUCUGUGGGACAAGCAAGGCAAGACGCCAGAGGAGCAGGUCGAGAUUUUCAACGCGGCCAGCCAGAAGCUCCCCGUCGGCUUUGUCGCUGGGCCUGAACAUAUCGCUGAGGCGUAUCUGUAUGCGAUUCGCGCCGACUACACCACUGGGAAGUUGAUUGAGAUUGAUGGAGGUGUCCUUUUAUGA